AUGAUCCAGAUUAAUUUAAUUUUUGAUUAUAUCACAUCGAUAUUAACAAAACAACCUUUUGAGUUUAAUCAUGAAAAAAGUAUGUACAUUAAUGUAUUAAGUGAACUUAGAUCAUUAGAAAAAUACCAUCAAUCGAUUUUGGAUAUCAAAGAACGAAUUAUUAAAGCAGACAUAGUGUACAAAUAUUUAGGAACUGAUGAAGAAAAAUCAGACAAUAAUUUUAUAUAUUACAAAGAGUCAUUAAACUCUCAACCAGUAAAAUCAAUGGAACUAAAACUAAAAAAAAAAAAAGCUAUAAUUGAAUCAAAACAAAAAAUAUUAAAUAUAUUAAUUACAACAUAUUUAUUUCAGAGACUGUCGAAGAGAAAAAUCAAAGGAGAAAUUGAACAAGCUAGACUUAUGUUUCUUGAAGUUAAUAAUGCAUUAGAUACAUCACUAAACGUACAAAAUAAAUUACUUUCACAAAAUACCUCAAAUAAGGCAAAAAUUGCAGAAAUAUUAGUACAAAUUAAUUCAAUUGAAAGUCAAUUAAAAAAACGAGUUUCAGAUUUUAAGUUAAGCGUUAAUGAACUAGAAACAAGUAUAAAAGAAGUUUCAAAGGAAAUUUUUUCGGAUUUUGAAUUUAAAUAUAAUGAAAAAGAAUAUAUAAAACAAAAAUUCAGUAUAAUUAACCCGGAAUUUAGUUUUUUCAAUAAGUAUAAAGAAGUAAGGGAAAUUAUUGAUUCUCUUGAACAAACGAAUGUAUUGAAACCAAUAAACUCGUUUACACAUAGUAAAAGUUUAUUGUAUGAUGUUGAUUGGACUGAUUUUCUAAUAACUCAUAAUCUUUUGAAUGAAACAAUUCUUAUAAAUUUACAACAGAACUACAAUACAGUGACCUCUUUAAAUACGUUAAUGAACAAUAUAAAUUUUAUGGAACAAGAGAUUAUUGCGAAUUUAAAAAAUGCUACUUAUUUUAUUAACAAUGUUCGAUCAAAACGGGAUGUAAACACACAAGUUUUAAAAAAGUUAAAUGACGAAUUGUUUGAAUCGAAGAAAAGGAAUAAGCUCAUGAUGAAAAGUUAUGAAAACAGUGAUGAUUUAGAAGUUGAAUAUAUUAAAAAUAUUCAUAAUUUAGAAAAUACAAUUCACAAGUCUAAUAUUCAAUUGACUGUAACAAGUAAAAAUAUCAAAAAGUUAUAUGAUGAUUUAGAAUGCUUAGAUUCAUUAUUCCAAACAACUAAAAAAAAGUACACAGAUCAACUGAUGAGUGGUUCAUAUCUAGUAGAGUUACGAAACGACAAACAACCAAGUAAGGUGACGUUAUUGUAUGAAAAACUAAAAAUAAAUCAGAACAGACAUAACGAAUUAUUAACAAAGCGGAAAGAAAUCAUCGUGGAUGAAUUUAAUAAAAAAAAAACAACUUCUGAAGCAAUAGUUAGAAAAAAAUCUAAUGAUAUUAUUGGCUCUAGAAAUGUAAUUGCAUCUUAUGAAAAUAACAUAAAAACAUACAAAAAAUUUAUACUACAAUUUACAGACAUAAAUGUAUCUAUAGAAAAUGCUAUUAAAGUUCAUCAAAAUAUUCAUGGAAAAUUAGAACAGUUGGAAAAUGAAGAAAUAGAACUUACAGGCUCUAAUAAUAUGUAUAUUAAUGAAAUCGACGAAUUAAAUAAAGAAGUCGAACUUAUAAAAAUUAGUUCAAAACGGGAUGAAUUAAAAAUACAAUCUCAAAUAGAUAAUUUGAAUGAAAAACUUCAACAAAUAACCAGUGCUAAUGAAAGCCUAAAAAUGGAAUUGAAUAAAAAUAAAAUAUAA